AGAGAGAGGGAGAGAGAGGGAUGUGUGUGCAGACCCCGUCCUCUCCCACGGUCCACUGCUUCUCUUCCACAUCACGUCAGUUAUCACUGUCACUGUGUUUGAACGCCACGUGUCGCACAUUAGCAGCUGACGAUCGAUCCUCUCGAUCCUCUCGAUCCUCUCCAUCCUCUUCAUCCUCUCGAUCCUCUUCAUCCUCUUCAUCCUCUCCAUCCCCUCGAUCCCCUGGAUCCUCUCCAUCCUCUCGAUCCUCCGUCUCUUUUGCAGGAGACUCGCUUUUACUGAUCUGAUUGGUCGGUAGUCGGCCUUGAUCUCUUAUCUUGAACUUCGCCUGCCCCGCCCCCGGCGCAGCCGCCCCAUGUUUCUUCGUCAGCUGAGCUCCUUUGGCUCCUCCUUCUUUCCCCGCUCCUACCCCGCUCUCAGCAGGGCCGGCUUUGGGAGCGGCGGUGCCUCCUCCUCCUCCUCCUCCACCUGCUUCCCCCCAUUCGUCCCUGUUCCACAUCCAUGGUGGUCGGUGCAGGGAUUUCCCCCCUGGCCUCCGCGACUCCCCCCCAGCUACCACCCGACGACGGCGCGUCACAACAUCGACCGCGGUAAUAACUUUGGCGGCGGCAGUCGGCGUUCGUUCCACGCCUCCGCCGGCCUCCUGAUGGAGCGGCCCGACCGAGACCGGGAGCCUCCUCACAAACGGAGGAAGAGGGAAGAGGAGAAGAGGCGCGACGAGGAGAGAGGAGGAGGAGGAGGAGGAGGAGGAGGAGGAGGAGCGGCGCCCAAGGCGGCGGGAGGCAAAGUGAAGGAGGGAAACUCGAGGAGGGAUUCCAGGGUGGACAGCAGCAGCAGCAGCCCUCGACCGAACCAUCACCUCCGAGACGGGGGUCAGGACAGAGGGAAGAAAGGAGCAGGAGAGGUUUGGGGAAACAGCCGAGAUAGAGAUUUUGAAAGGACCAAAAGAGGGAAUAAAGAGCGAGAGCGAAAAGACAGCGGCAGUCGAGAUAGAGGCGGAAAUCACUGGAGGAGCAGAGACCGGACAGAAGGACGGAAGGAUCCACAACCUGCCGGAACCAGGACUCAGACCCCGAAGUCUAAACCCAAACCCAACCCCUGGUUCAGAGAGGGAGGAGCGGAGCAGCAGGGAGGGAAUCGCACGAACACAAAAGCUGCAGAGGAACAGCCGCGGGAUGGGAGUGGUGGAGGACUUCCAAGGUGGACGGGGUCUCGUUCCCAGCCCAGCAGCAGCAGCAGCGCUCCUCACCCCCCAAACCCGUGGCAGGUCGCCGGGGCCGACCGACAACCUCCUCCACCCGGAACCUUCCCGUCCGACGAGGGCGCGCCAGGGAAAUCUCUUCAGAGACACUGGGAGACCUCCCCCGCCUGCGGUGCCUACCCUCCGCCACCGGGGGCCGCCUUCGACUUCUCGGUGAUGUCCUACAACAUCCUGUCCCAGGAGCUGCUGCAGGACAACGCCUACCUGUACCGACACUGCGACCCCGGCGUGCUGCCCUGGGAGCACCGGCUGCCCAACCUGCUGGCCGAGAUCCGGCAGCACGGCGCCGACAUUCUGUGUCUGCAAGAAGUUCAAGAGGAUCACUACGAAAACCAGAUGAAACCUGCUCUACAUGCACUGGGUUACCAGUGUGAGUAUAAGAAGCGGACAGGAAGCAAACCCGACGGCUGUGCCGUCAUCUUCAACUCGUCCCGCCUCUCCCUCGUCUCCUCCAACCCCGUCGAGUUCUUCCGGCCCGGCGACGCCCUCCUCAACCGGGACAACGUGGGCCUGGUGGUGCUGCUGCGACCUAACGACAAUGAUCCCUCCUCCUCCGCCGGCUGCAUUUGCAUCGCCAACACCCACCUCCUCUACAACCCGCGCCGCGGCGACGUCAAGCUGGCCCAGCUCGCCAUCCUGCUGGCCGAGGUCGGCCGGCUGUCCCGCCUGCCGGACGGCUCCGCCGGCCCGGUCGUGCUCUGCGGCGACUUCAACUCCACGCCGGGGAGCCCGCUCUACAGGUUUCUGACCACGGGCCGCCUGGACUACAGGGGCCUGCCGAUCAGCACGGUGUCCGGUCAGGAGAACGCCCCCAAGGGCCAGCGCGUCCUCGAGUCGCCGAUCUGGUCUCGCAGUUUGGGAAUCAACCACCGGUGUCAGUACGAGGAUGAACCCACCGCCGAGGCCCACGCCGGCAGCCCCACAGCUGUGGAGGAAGAGAUCUCUAACCUGACUGUAGACGAUCUCGCCACUAAAUCUGCUGCUGCUGUUAACAGAGUGCAGAUCGAGCACAGCCUGAAGCUGCAGUCGUCCUAUCAGCACCGCCUGCUGCCCGACGGGAGACCUGAGAUCACCACCUGCCACUCGCGCACCGCCAUAACUGUGGAUUACAUCCUGUUCACUCCUGAAUCCCCGGCCGCUCCGUCGUGCCCCGGCGGGCGGGGACUGCGGCUGCUGGGCAGGCUGUCGCUGGUGGGCCGUCCCGAGCUGGAGGAAGUCAACUUCCUGCCCAAUCGGCAUCACUCGUCCGACCACCUCCCCCUGCUCGCCCGCUUCCGCUUCGGGCUCUGACCCGGGGAGUCGUCGCGUCGCCAAGUGCAGCUCAGGGGAAGAUGGGAACAAGUGAACUAACAAGUAAAACACAAAAUAGUCCAAAUUAAUUUAUAUAAAAGGUUUCUUCCAUGCAGGGAACAAGGGUUUUUAUCAUUUUCAUGCUGUAACUGUGACGUUGAUCCACAAGGUGACGUGGAUUAUAGGUUUAAGGUUUAAUGUCCUGCCCGAGGACACUUGGGCUCGUACAGUAGACUUGAGGAUCUGGGGAUCGAACCACUGACUAAAAUACUUUAAAUACAAAGAGAGACGUUUGUCCUGAACAGGUUCAAAGUCUUCAGUUCUCAUAAGUGGAAGAGGUUUGUUAUUAAAAAUUAUCUUAGGAACCAAAAGUAAGGUCAAAUCAUUUUGCUCUUUACAUCUUUGAGACUAAUAACUGAUCAAAAGUCACAUGGAUUUUUUUUUCUACAGAUCUUGGAAACAUCUCCUGUAUCUAACAAACAUCAGUGAAACUAAAAAUAUACUGUUAUUGAUCUCGCAUCUAAUUAUGAGUCAGGUUUUUACUCGCACGUGAAGUUAUUUCAUCGCUGUUUUAUGAAUCUACGAGUGAAGGGACGACUUUUAUGUCUUUUUAACACUUGACUUGAUAACGGUGGAUUGAAACUCCACCUGACGGACGCUGCGCCGUCGUCUCACACUUGAACAUGAUCUACGGAUAACACAAGGACGGUUCUAUUUUUCUACCAUUUCUCAAAGAUGUGUUUGGAAAAGUUUACAGUUUGUAAAUAAAAGUGCGGCUGCUGUUUCCUUCAGUCA